AUCUUGCGUUGCGUGCAGAGAAAUACUCGUAAAAACAGCAACGGCAAAUGCAUCGUGCUUAAAAUCCAUCGUCAGCAAGAUUAAUCACAAGAACAACAUUCAUUAUUGUGGAUAAAAUCAUCAAGCUCUCCAUGCUAAACAAACAAACAAAAGCAGCAGCCAACCACGUUUAAGAAAUCGCAAAUCAAAGUUGCACUUGGGCGAACUUUCGGUUGCAUCCUCACACCCGAUUUGAAAACGCAUGCGUUCCACUUGCGCGUCGGCGGCGUUUUUUUUUCUCUCCUGACUCUCGUUCGCUGCUUGCCAAACUCAACCUCAACCCGCACGCGCGUCCACAUUUCGCACACGCAACACUCCGGUGCCGCUAACACACGAGAUUACGUGAGCCCUGCACCUGCAACAACCUCCAUCGAAUGAUGGACAAAUAAUAAUCCAACCACACACAAACCGUAACGAUGUCCGCAACGAUCUACACGACAUUCAUCGAGCGCGAGUCGUGCUUCAUCAAGAUAUGGGGCCAAAAAGAGAAGAACAUCUCGAUGUUCAUCGAGAACUCGCUGAUGCAGAUGAAGCCACAGUUCGAAGCCGGUGUCGGCAUGCUGCAACUCGAUCAGAUCCACACCGACUUGCUCUGCUGUGCGAAGUUCAAAGACAAUUCCUAUUAUCGUGCGCGCAUUACCAGCGUGGCGAUGCUGCAGCAGGGCAUGGUCGAGGUGCUCUUCAUCGACUACGGCAAUCGUGAUCUCAUCCAGCUUGCGAACAUACGCACUAUCAAUAACUUUCCAACUUCAGUCAUUGCUUUACCACCGCAGGCGAAUGACUUUAUUCUUGCACAAGUGCAAGUCAGCAUUACUUUUCCGCCCGACUCCAGGUUUGAGAUGAUUUCGGAUGAGAUUAGAUACUUGGACUUUGAGUAUAAAUAUGUGGGACAAGUGGGACCGUAUAGUCUUCUGUCGUUGUUUGCGGCAGGCAGGGAUAUUGCGGAGAGUUUUAUCGCGCGGCAAUUUGCAUUGCCCAUUGAGAUCUCAAUGCAGUUGAUGAUGUUACAGAACAUUCUCAAGAUAUCACCACUUGGACUACCUGGGGUAGUGCAACAGCAACCAGCGGUGAUGAUGGCGCAGCGCAGCCCAUCUAUACCUAUGAAUCCAUCGCAGACGUCACCAGGGGCGGGAGGACAACCGGAUUUGUUGACUUUUAAGUCUUUGCCGUUGAAAGUUGGCUCGGAACACACUGUUUAUGUGUCGUAUGUCAAUGAUGGGCCUUGUUUAUUCUCGAUUCAACUGCAACACAAGGAGCAGGAACUGCAGGAGUUGAUGUUUGAGUUAAACAAGUUGAAAUUGGUGCCUAUUGAGGAGAAUAUACUACCUGGAUGUGUUUGUCUUGCGAGGAGCUCUGAAGAUAAUUAUAGUUAUAUCUGUCGAGCUGUUGUUACAAACAUGGUUGAAAACAACUACAAAGUGUUUUUUGUUGAUUUUGGUAACACGGAAGUGCGUUCCUACGACGAUAUCUUCCAAAUUCCAUUCAAAUAUGUCAUACCGAAAGUGAUGGCAACCCGCUUUGCACUCAACGGACUUCAGGGACAAGUUGUUUCGGUCGAUAUGAAAGUUGCCUUCAAAUCUUUCGUGGAUAACACCGCACUGAAGAUGCGUGUGUGUGCUCCAUUCCCAAAAACAGGAGUUUCUCUCUGUGAACUUUACAAUACCAAUGGUGUUUCUGCUUUGGAUUUUGUCCGGGGUGUUUCUCUCCAGGGUUAUCCUGAAACAGUAUCGCUCACCCGAGGAUUCAAUCAAGAAGUGAAAGUAAGCUAUGUUUUCAGUUGUGUUAAAUUCUAUGUGCAACUGCGUAAGAAAGAAGAUGAACUUAAUAAGAUGAUGCAGGAGUUGCAAACUGCGCAGAUGCAGCCGAUUACUCAGGAUUUGUUGAAAAUUAACGCGCCGUGCAUUGCUCUCUAUGCGGCUGACGGGAUGUAUUACAGAGCGCAGAUUUUAUCAGUCGAAGGCAAUUCAGUAGUUGUGAAAUAUGUUGAUUAUGGUAAUGAGGAACAUAUUCCUAUCAAAGAUAUUAGAUCACCAAUGAUGGAGUUUAUUACAAAUUUGAGACCGCAGGCGAUUGAAUGUUGUCUCAAUGGUUAUCAGAACAUGGAAACCGAUCAGGAGAGGGAUAAUUUGUUGGAGGAGCUUAUGUUGGAGCAGUAUUUCAGUAUGAAAGUGGCUGAUGUGCAAGGUAGUCGUAUCCUGGUUGAUUUAUUCGAUGCGCAACUUUAUAAUGUCGCUUCGUUGUUACUGGACAAAAUGGCGAAGACUCGCUCGCAAGUUAGUCCGGCUCUCGUGCAGGAUAACAAGAUUGAUCACAGGAAAACUACGCCUAAUAAAUAUUCACCCAGGGAUAAUAAGACUGAUUCAUGGAGAGAUAAAGAGCGUCCACAGCGCCAGGCUUCCAACGAUUGGCGGCAAAACAAAGAACUACACCAAAACUCUUUCGAAAAGGAAGAUAACGCUGAAUACCGUAAAAAGAUACAUUCUAACACUUGGGGCGACAAAAACAACCGAAAUUCUGGUGAUGGUGAGUCAAAACCUUAUCAGGACCGGCGCAAACCACAAAAUUGGACUGAUCGACCCCCAAAAGAUUUGAGGAUAAAUCCAAUGAAUGGGCCGAUGGUGAUAAACCACGUUCGGAGUCAAAAUGGAAUGAUAAUAAACGCCAAAACAACUGGGGUGGAGGUGAUGGUAGAGAAAACUCUCGCGAGAAUUCAUGGGGUGAUAAACGUGAACAAAAUGAUAACACCUGGAAUGGAAACAGACGCGAAAGACCCGAAAGAGACUUUAAAAAACGACCUCCUCGUGAUGAUUCAUCUUCCUGGGGUGGUAGUGGAAGUGAAAGGGCUAAUUCAUCACCGAGGCGUCGACGUGAUAACCGCAGUGAAGAGGGAAGUGAAAAAUCAUUCUCGUCUGGUAAGAGUUUUAAAGGAAAACGGGAUAAUUUCGGUGGUUCUCCACCAAAGAAAAACGUCGAUGAGAAUGUUGAUUAUGCUGAUUCUAAUGUGCUAUACCAGGUUGAGUUUGAUUGGGACUGAGCAUAAGGUUUCUGUUUCUUGGUUCUACAAUCCAACAAGUUUUUUCGUGCAGCCUGUCGAUGAUAAAGCUAAAUUUGAUUCUAUGAUGAAAGAUAUUCAGUUUGCGUAUAUAAAACGGAAAGUUCUGGAAUCAGCUGAAGUCGGUAAUACAGUUAUCGCUCAGUUUCCGGAGGAUAAAGCUUUUUACCGCGCUAUUAUUGUGGAGAAACCUUUAACAGGCACUUAUAAAGUUCUUUAUGUGGAUUUUGGUAAUACUGCCUUGACGAAUAAGAUUUAUAAAGUCGAAAAAAGGUUUUUGGAGUUGCCAGCACAAGCUGUACAUUGUGGAUUGGUCAAUGUUCAUCCAGUAGGCGCAGAAUGGCCGAAAGCGGACGAUUUUGGCCGAUUCUUUGGUGAAGAUAUAAUUGACUGCAAGUUUGUCAAUGCUAGUGAUAACUUAUAUUCAGUUGAAAUUUCAACAAAAGGUAAAUCUCUGGUGAAUGAACUUCAAACAGCUGGAUUGGCAGUGGUGAGAAUCCCAUAUGAACACUUUGACAUCAAUUAUUUACUAUCACAACAAAUCUGCUGCAAACUCAACACGGUGCAUGCAUUAGACGAUUUUACACUGGAGAUUCUUCCGGGGUUAAUUGUAUCGUGCGCUAUUUUCAAACACGAGUUAGCUACCACACCUAAUUUGGAUCUGAUGAAAACAUUCGUCAAUCAGAAGAUUAUUGUGUUUGUGGAUGAUGUGCAAAACAAUAAGUUGAUUGUCACACUUUACAAUAGCAAAGGUCAAUUUAUUCCGGCGAUAGAACUGCAGGAAGAAAUGUUUGAAGUCGUCAACCCAGUUUGUCAAGCGCUCAUCAUUGGGCCGUGUAUUUCUGGAUAUGUGCCGCAUGCAACACCGAGUAGUGUUUUCAUACAGCUUGAUUAUACUGCCAAGAACGUUGAUCUAUUGUUGGAGCAACUAUUUCAGCGCUAUGAGACUUCAGAGUAUGCAGAGCUUGAGGUCAAGGAGAUUUUCUAUGCCGUCAAGUCAUCGGACGGUAAUUGGUACAGAGGUUUAAUGAAGAAUAUCAAAGAGAAUGAGAUUACUGUUCAGUUUGUCGACUAUGGUAAUGAAGAAAUUGUUGAUAAAACAUCUUUAAGGCUGUUGACAGAGGACUUCUUUAUUCCUUGCUUGGCUGCGGAGAUUUCCCUCAAAGAAUCUGAGCAGUUUUUGGAUCAAGAAGUGAAAUUAAAGGUUGUGUUUGGUGAAGAUGCUUGGAUUGGCGAAGUUAUGCAACCAACUCAACAACAACUACCUCAAAACGACACAAUACCAACUGAACAACACGUGGAAACUGAACAAGUUUCUAUACCUGAAGAAACAACUCAUGAUAUUGUCCAGGAAGAAUCACCUCUGUCACCUAUAGGUUUCUCAGUGGUUCUGAGCCACUUUGAUAAUCCAGGUCAGUUUUACCUGCAACAAUCCUCAGCGCUUGAAGCAAUCGCGCAACUUAAAAACGACCUACAACCUCAGAUUGAGACACUAACUGAUCUCGAAAAUAUUACGACUGGUAUAAUUUGCGCGGCUCCAUACAGUGCCGAUCAAGUUUGGUACCGCGCGCAGGUUCUUGACGCAGACGCAGAGAUUACAACAGUUCGGUUCAUCGACUACGGGAAUACGGAUGUACUCGGUACAGAUAUUAAGAUUAAAUCACUACCUGCUGAAUUAUUAUCAUUAGAGGAACAUGCAAAGCGUUGCAGUUUACACUUAUCGCCUGUGAAUGGCGAGUGGACUUCUGAAGCGUGUAAACGUUUCGAAGAUAUUACUUCAGCUGGUGUUCAGCUGACAGCAGAAAUUGUCCAUCAAGAUGAAAUAACUACAUUUGUACGUCUCUACGCGAAUAACACAUGCGUGGAUGAUAUUUUUAUCAAUGAGGGUUAUGCUACUGAGUUAAAAGCACCACAAGCAGCGUUCAAAGGUUUUGUAAGUAAUCUAAACUCUCCGUCAGAGUUUUGGUUGCAAUUUGAGCACGCAUGUAAUGAUUUGGAAUGGAUUGCUGAUCAGCUAGUGAACGCUGAUAAGUUUAAACUGUUGGAAGAUCAAGCGCCGGGUAGUUUAUGCGCCGCCAUCUUUCCCGAGGAUGACAGUUGGUACCGCGCGCGUAUUUUAUCCAAUACAGUCGCUGGCGUUGAGGUUUUAUUCAUAGACUAUGGUAAUUCUUGCACAUGUACAUCAUUGCAUGAAUUACCAGAGGAUUUGGUGAUGGUUCCGCCAUUAGCACACAAAUGCAGUCUAUUAAAACCUCCAGGAUUAUUGGAAUGGUCAAGUAAAGCUACUGAUAAGUUUAAGGAAAUCUCCGCAGAUGGCGUUACUGUGUUCACAGUGAUAAAACAUGCUCAGGGUGAGACUAAUCAGGUACAAUUAAUUCUAAACGAAGAAGAUAUAACGCAGAUAUUAAAACCCGAGUUGUUUGAGGCUAAAAUGUUAUCGUGUAACAGCCUGAAUGAGUUUUCACUGAGAAGAACUGAUUUGGAAGAUAAAUUUACGGAGGUACAGGGUAAGAUUCAAGAGUUGGGCGAUAAACCAUGCGCGGAUGAGACAAUUGUUGCUGGUUUAUACGAGAAUGUGUUUUACCGUGCGAAAAUUAACGGUGCCAUUGUUGAUAAAUAUGUAGUGGACUUGUUGGAUCUGGGUAUUGAGGCUGAUGUGACUGAAUUGCGACAGUUGCCGAAGGAUUUAGUGGAGUUGGAACCUCUAUCAAUGACUGUGAAGAUGAAUCCGUUGGUUGGCUAUGCGUUUAAUGCGGAAAGCGAGACUUAUUUUAAGACUUUGUGUGAAACUGAGACCUUAUUCCACGUAGAGUUAGUUACCGAUAAGAUUGUUAGACUGUAUUUGAACGGGUGCGAUGUUAGAGAUAAAAUGCCAUCGACAAAAUGCACUCCGUUGAGUUCUGUGCAUAGUACGCCUAAGAAGGUUAAAAUUGAAGACGUAAUUGAGGUUAAAGACGAAGAUUCAUCAAUUUUAUUGAGUAAAACUGUUACUGAGGCUGAAAAUAUUGAAGAACAGAUAAAUACUGUUGAAAUUGCAGUAGUAACGGAGAAAACAAGUGAUAUUGAUGAAGUAAAUAUCGAGAAAGUAGAAAAAGGUGAAAUUAAAGGAGUUGAGAAAGGUUUAAGUCUUGAGGAUGAGUUGAAACAAGCCGAAAACAAAAUGGCCGCCGAAAUUGAAGAUAGCAACAUAACAGUUGAUGUCAAAACCGAAAAAGAAGAGAAAGAAACAAUUUCUAGUGUAAAUACGUCUAAUGACGAAGAGUUACUUAAAGAUGCCGAGAUGUUUGUAUCUGUGACAGAUGAACUUGUCGAGAAAGUAGCCAAGCAGUGCAAUUUGAUUGACGAUGUCAAUUCAAACAAAGAGGAAACUGUAAUCAACGGAAAACACGAAACAAAAACCGAAGGCAAAGAAACCAAUGAAGAAAAUGGCGGCGAGACGUCAAGUGUCACAAGUUCUUAGUUCGUAAGCGUUUAAAUAUAUUUUUGAUACAAUUUUAUAUGAGAUCGAUUGACGAUUGUUAUUGUUGGCAAGUUUACUAUUACGUUAUAUUGUUGGUAACAUGCGAUGAGACUAUUUUACGAUUGCUCACGAGUAGAAUCUAUCGUGCGGCGCAGAACAUUCUGAAUUUUAUUGUGUAUGUUACUUUGUUCCAGGUUUGCGAGUUUUUUGAAUAAAUCUUCUUUCUGAAAA